AUGAUCCGUGCUGACCACAUGUCUUGCCGUGAUUUCAUCCUGCAGCUAAACCGACAGGCAUCACGCUGCAACUACGGUGAUCGUUUGGAAGAACAGAUGUGUGAUCGCUUGGUAGCGGGCAUCAACAAUCUCAGUCUACAACGCAAGUUACUGGAGAAGAAGGAUUUAACUUUUGCCGAAGCCCGGAAAAUUUGUGAACAGCAUGAUGACUUGAUGAAGGCUACUUCCAGUGAAGCAGUCACAUUAUUCCAACGGCAGAAGACUCCACCGAAUCGACCUCCAACGGCCAAACGUGCACCAAAGCCGCAGAAAGAUUCCCCAGGUAACGAAAAACGAAUCAAUCCAUGUUUGUCUUGUGGAGAUCACCACCUACGCUCCAAUUGCCGCUUUCGUAAUGCCAAAUGUCAUGCCUGCGGAAAAAUUGGCCACAUUCGGAGAGUAUGUAAACAAACUCGUUGCAAUCUUACACAGCCAAAUGCUUCAAACGACACACACCUUGUGCUCUCUCUACGUUCUGAAGGCCCAGCCACCCAAUUUCUGUACCGAGAUUUGACAUUACAAUCUGGUACAACUCACAAAUUUAUUGUUGACACUGGAAGUAAGGAAUCUAUUAUUUCUAAUGCUGUGCUUCGAUCCAUAUGCCCCCAAGCAAAAAUUCAACCGACAUCCAUGCGAAUUCUUGGUGUAACUGGACACCAAUUACCAUUGAUUGGCGAGGUUUCAUUGAUGGUUCACUCAACAGAAAAUCGCCUUGUCCCAAUCCGCUUCCUUUUUGCGAAAAAGAGUCCAUCCAUACUUGGCCUAACUGCAAUUCGCGCUCUGAACCAUUCUAUGUCGCUCCAUACGAGUUCCCUGCCCAAUGUGCACACCCGUCUACAGCGACUGAUUGUGCAAUGUUCAAAUAACACAGGAGGCAUGAAAGUUCGACCGACCAAACUGAAAGUUGAGGGAGAACCUGUCUUUUUGAAACGCCUUGUCAUUCCCCAUGGCCAGCGUGAAGGGGUAUUGAAAGCUCUUGAGAAAAUGGAGCAUGACGGCAUCCUCACUCGAGUAACAUCCAGCGCGUGGGCAACACCAAUUGUGAUCGCAAUGAAAAGUGAUGGUAAGACACCUUAUGAUCGCAAUGAAAAGUGA